CUGUUAUAAAUGUCAAACAAUGUCAAUUUUUUUCACUACCAUUAAAUUUCUGUCGAGUUCAUUCUUGUAUAUUGAAUUAAUUAAAACAGUGCCGGUUUAGUGUAAGGAAUCAGAACCGUUGUAAUCUUGAAACACCGCCAUAUUCUUACGACUGCUUGCGACAUUAUUGCGACUUGCGCUGAUAUCUUCCCGUUAUAUAUUCGCUUGUGCUCUUGAAAGUUAAGAAAAUAAAUUUAUUUUAGUGGGUUUUCAUAGUGGAAGAAAUCCAAAACACGUACUGAUUUGAAGUAAUAUGAGUAAUGCACCCAACCAAAAUGAAUCAGGUCUAGAGCAGCAGUUUGCUGGUCUGGACUUGCAGCGUCGCAGUGACACAAGUGGUACUGCACGCUACGUGCCUCCACAUUUGAGGAAUAAGUCACAAAAUCAAUCUUCUGAUAGUGGUUCUAAUAAGGACCGUGGUUCAGAUCGCAACGACUCAAGAAACAGCAGCAGCCGCAGUUAUACAAACCGUGGUAGUCGUGACGGCCGUUCUGAUCGCGAUAAUCGCGACAGUCGGGAUAUACGCAACGAACGGGACCGCGGCGCUGAUUUUUCAAGUUUUAAUACCCGUAAUCGAAGGGAUUUCUAUCAGAAUGGCGAAGUUCCCGAUAAAAACGGACGUGAUUGGGGACGCGGAGAUCGCUUCUCUGACCGGGACCGUGACAUGCCCCGUAAUGAUCGUUGGAAGGAACCAGAAAAACCCAAAGAUAACGGUCGUUGGAAUGAAAAUCGUGAAAAUAGCGGAGGAAAUCGCUGGAGUGAUAGAGCACGUAAUUCAGAAGAUUGGACUAUGCCAAUGCCUAGAGAUGAACGUCUUGAAAUGGAAUUAUUUGGUUCUGGUAAUACUGGCAUCAAUUUUAGCAAGUACGAGGACAUACCCGUUGAGGCUAGUGGACAUGAUGUACCCCAGCAUAUCACAUCUUUUGAGGAAGUACAGUUGACAGAAAUAAUUAGUGGUAACAUAACGCUAGCUCGUUACGAUACACCAACCCCGGUGCAAAAGUAUGCUAUUCCAAUUAUAAUAGCACGAAGAGACGUGAUGGCGUGUGCCCAGACUGGUUCCGGCAAGACUGCUGCUUUUCUUGUGCCAAUUCUUAAUCAAAUGUAUGAACGUGGACCACCGCACAUUAAUCAGGGUCGCAACUAUCGUCGUAAACAGUACCCUCUAGGUUUAGUCUUGGCACCCACUCGUGAACUUGCCACCCAAAUUUAUGAUGAGAGCAAAAAAUUCGCUUAUAGAUCCAGAGUACGGCCUUGUGUUGUGUAUGGAGGUUCCAACAUUGUUGAUCAAAUCCGUGAUUUAGAUCGCGGUUGCCAUUUGCUGGUUGCAACUCCAGGUCGUCUCCUUGAUAUGAUCGAUAGAGGCAAAAUUGGCCUGGAUUAUUGCAAUUAUUUGGUAUUGGAUGAGGCCGACCGAAUGCUUGACAUGGGAUUCGAACCCCAAAUUCGGCGAAUAGUUGAGAAAGAGUCGAUGCCACGUACCGGUGAUCGUCAGACCCUCAUGUUUUCCGCUACUUUUCCCUCCCCGAUUCAGAUAUUGGCACGUGAUUUCCUAGACAAUUACAUUUUUUUGGCCGUUGGACGUGUUGGAUCGACUUCAGAAAAUAUUACUCAAAAAGUUGUUUGGGUUGAGGAGCAUGAUAAGCGAUCAUUCUUGCUCGAUCUACUGAAUGCGUCGCAUUUACAACAACCGUCUGCUGAAAGUUUGACACUUGUCUUCGUUGAAACAAAGAAGGGUGCGGACUCGCUUGAAGAAUUCCUGCAUCAGGAAGGAUAUCCGGUCACUUCAAUUCACGGCGAUCGUACGCAGCGUGAGCGUGAAGAUGCAUUAAAACAGUUCCGUUCUGGAAAUACGCCCAUUUUGGUUGCAACAGCAGUAGCUGCCAGAGGACUUGAUAUACCGCACGUUAAACAUGUCAUCAAUUUUGAUUUGCCUUCCGAUGUUGAAGAGUACGUGCAUCGUAUUGGACGUACAGGCCGUAUGGGUAAUUUAGGUUUGGCAACUUCGUUCUUUAACGAUCGUAACCGUAACUUGGCGACUUCUAUGCUUGACUUACUGAUUGAAGCUAAGCAAGAUUUACCGACCUGGUUGGAAACUGUUGCAAAUGAUGGUAGAAUGCCGAGCUCCGGUCGACGAGGCACCAAGGGACGUUAUGGAGGCGGCGGUUUUGGUGGCCGUGAUUAUCGUCAACAAUCGAGUGGCGGAAGCAGUAAUAGAAAUCAACGCAAUGGCAACAGUGGGGGUGGUUAUGGAAGUAAUAGCUACGCCAAUAAUGGUUCAUUUUAUGAUCGCAGCGCUAACUACGGAGGAAGUUACAACACAAAUGUGCGUGACGACUGGUGGGAAAACUGAAUUCUUAGUUUGUUCCUAACUGCUG